AUGGCUGAAGAGCCAAGACACAGGCCUCAUCCGUUGUUAAGAGGAGGAAGAAGAAGCGGCUACAAGUAUACGCAUGGUUUCUCAUCUUCUCAGAUCAAAUCGUUGGCCGCAAUUUGUGAAGCUUUCAUUCCUCCGGUUCCUCUGCCCCCUAAUUCUAACUCUAACGAUGCCAUCCGUUCGUUUUAUGCUGCUUCUGGAUCUCAACAUCCUACUCCUCAAGAGGUUGCAGAAAAGAUGGCAAAGAGAUACCCAUCACAAGCGUUGUUCGUUUUGAAGUUGAUUCUGACGCUACUCUCUACGAAAUUGGGAAGCCUUUUGUUCUGUGGGACAGUUUGUUUCGACACCAAGUGGCCAUUUAUUCACAGCUUUUGUGAUAUGGGUUGGAACAAGAGAGAAAAAAUUCUUCAAAAUUGGUCAAAUACACCCAAAUGGUUCAUCCCUCAGCUUAGACUUGUGUUUCUUAUGUUCAAGUCUAUGUGCCUCUGCGUUUUCUUCUCAUUCACAGAUGAAAAUUCAUAUAACCCAUCACUGGAAGCGAUCGGGUAUGACCAUGUCGAAUCACGAUCCAAUGACUCGGUCAAGUCACAUAAAGCGAGACCGUUGGAUAAGGGUGUGGUCGAAACCGGAAAGGAGAGUGAUGCAACGUUCAUGGAGUUGGUUAAAAGCAAAGGUCUUGAAAUUGAAAAUGGUGAAAAUGGGGUUUAUAAUAUCAAAUGUGAUGUAGUAAUAGUCGGGUCGGGUUGUGGGGGUGGUGUUGCUGCCACGGUUCUAUCUCGCUCUGGCUACAAGGUCGUGGUAGUUGAGAAAGGUCAUUAUUUUGUAUCUGAUGAUUACUCGCAACUCGAAGGGCCGUCCAUAGAUGAGUUAUAUGAAAAUGGAGGGGUAUUAUCGACUUUAGAUGGGAAAAUUACGAUUUUAGCAGGGUCGAGUGUUGGAGGUGGGUCGGUCGUAAAUUGGUCCGCUUCCAUCAAGACACCGGAUGAUGUUAUUGAGGAAUGGGCGGUUGAUAAAAAGAUUCCGAUGUUUGGAACAAACGAGUACCAAUUAGCAAUGGAAACUGUGUGUGAGAGACUCGGUGUUACGGGGAGUUGUAAAGAGGAAGGAUUUCAGAACAAAGUGCUUCGAAAAGGGUGUCAGAAACUCGGGUUGGAUGUGGAAGUGAUUCCUCAAAAUGCGUCGCAAAAUCAUUAUUGUGGUUUGUGUACUUAUGGAUGUAAAAUGGGAGAUAAGAAAGGGACCGAUUCUACUUGGCUAGCUGAUGCUGUCGAACGUGGUUGCGUCAUAUUCACCAGUUGCAAAGCCGAGAGGUUCAUGUUUGAGGAACGCCAUGGUCGUAAAAGAAGUCAGGGCGUGAUGGCUAUUGCAGAAAGUAAAGCCAUCACUAGGAAAUUAUGUUUCCAGGCACGAGUAACGGUUGCAGCUGGCGGUGCCUUAUUGACACCGCCAUUAUUGGUUUCUAGUGGGCUCGGGAACCAACACAUAGGCCGAAACCUACACCUUCAUCCUGUUUUAUUAGCUUGGGGAUAUUUCCCGUCAGUUUCAAGUGAAAUUGGCGGGAAGAGUUACGAGGGAGGAAUCAUAACCUCCCUUCAUAAAGUCAAAUCUUUUGAUAAAUUAUCAACGAAAGUCCGUGCAGUUAUAGAAGUCGCUGCUAUUGGACCUGCAAACUUUGCAUCUUUCUUUCCUUGGGUGUCCGGGGUGGACUUAAAGGAGAAUAUGGUCAAAUACCCAAGAAUCGCGAAGAUUUUCUCAUUAGUAAGAGAUCAAAGCUCUGGCGAAGUUCGAGAAGAAGGGAACAUAAGCUACGAUUUAAAUGAGAUCGACAAAGAAAAUUUGAAAGCCGGUUUACGACAAGCUUUGAGGAUACUAGUGUCUGCAGGAGCGGAAGAAGUUGGAACAUUAAGGAACGAUGGCCAGCGAAUAAAAUGUCGUGGCCUUAAAAACUCGGAUUUGGAAGAGUUUCUUGAUUCUGUUGGGGCGAUUGGUGGGCCGACAUCAGGAGAAGAUUAUUGGACAGUUUAUGGCUCGGCCCAUCAGAUGGGAAGCUGUAGAAUGGGAUGCAAUGAAGAUGAAGGCGGGGUGGAUGUAAAUGGAGAAUGCUGGGAAGCGGAAGGGUUAUUUGUUUGCGACAGCAGUAUACUGCCUUCUGCGGUCGGCGUAAACCCGAUGAUUACUAUAGAAUCGACUUCAUAUUGUGUAUCAAACAAAAUAGCUCAGGCACUUGACAGUGGGAAGUAUACGGAUUGAUAGGACAAUAUUGCAAGUUAAUGAGUACCAAAUUGGGGUAAUUUGGUUUUAUAUGCAUUCAUGUGUUGUGAAAUUAUGUAAUAAGAAACUAUGUGAUAUGUAAUAUGGUAGGUAAA